AUGUUCUCUCUCGUGCCCUUAGUCUUGGCUGCUGGGUCGACAUUCGUCCUCGCCAAGUUGAACGCGACCGAAGAUGCGUCUCAACUGUCGUUAUCCAAUGACCGACUCUAUGCGAGCGUUGUCAAGUCUGGAGGCUACAUCCAGACACUCACUCUGGAUGGCCAAAAUCUGCUAGGAACGAAGUCAGGGUCGACGGGCAUCGGGCCGUACCUGGACUGCUAUUGUAUACCAUCUGGUUUUUGGACACCCGGAUCUAGUCAACCCACGUAUGAGCUAUUCUCCGGCACAGACUCCACAGGCGUCGAUUACGGUGGCAUCAAAAUGUCCGACACCUAUGCCGCGACUGGCCAGAUUUUAGAAACAUACUGGUUUCUAAGAGAUACCGAGACGGGCUUGCACAUUUUUACCCGCCUUGCGUACUACAACGAGACUACGCCAUUCCUGCGAAACCUGCAAGAGUUCCGGACGCUGUUCCGCCCCAACAGCGAUAUCUGGACCCAUCUCUUGACCAACGAGGAGCACUAUGCGCCUCUUCCCGGGAAAGAGGCAAAAGAAAAUGAGAUAGUUGUCCAGGAUGCCACCUGGUAUCUGGGAAACACGCCGGAUGAUGCCUAUGUUCAGCAAGAAGCGGAUUAUUUCACCAAGUACACUUUUGCGGAUACUUGGAGGAACCAUGAUGCCCAUGGAAUGUUUGCCGAUGGAUCUCAGACAUCGGACAAUUCGACCUUCGGGGCGUGGCUAGUGAUGAACACCAGGGAGACUUACUUCGGUGGACCGCUUCACUCCGACUUGACGGUCGAUGGUAUUGUUUACGAUUACAUUGUGUCAAAUCAUCACGGUGAUCAAACGCCGAACAUCACCAACGGCUUCGACCGAACUUUUGGCCCUCAAUUCUACUAUUUCAACCACCUCCCUGCAGAAACCGGCAUCCUCGCCUCCAAAGCCGACGCCACCCAAUACGCCUCCCCAGAAUUCGACAUCGACUUCUACGACUCUAUCGCCAAGCACGUCCCUAACUACGUUCCCAGCUCGGAGCGCGGCGUCUUCCAGUUGCAAGCCUCUCUUCCCUCCACCGCCAAGAACCCCGUUGCCGUGCUGGCCCAAAACGGCGUCGACUUCCAGGACAACGUCUUCGACACCAAAGCGUAUCAAUAUUGGGUGGAGCUAAACAACGACGGCACCGCCACUAUCCCGCGCGUCAAGAACGGCACGUACCGCCUCACCAUCUACGCCGACGGCAUUUUCGGGCAGUACAUUCAAGACGAUGUUGUAGUCGAGGCAGGCGAGACGGCGACCACGACGGCAAAUUGGAGCGAGGAAAGCGCGGGCGCCGAGAUCUUCCGUAUUGGUACUCCCGAUAAGAGCAGUGGCGAGUACAAGCACGGCUACCAGAAAGAUCCCACGCAUCCGCUUCAUCCGGAAGAGUACCGCAUUUACUGGGCGGCCUACGAUUUCGUCGAUGAUUUCCCCGAGGGGGUGCAUUUCACGGUCGGUGAUAGUGAUGUUGUAGAAGACUUCAAUUACGUCCACUGGAGCGUCUUUGGGGGAUAUGCGAACUAUGUGCGGCCAGAGCCGUACUAUGGAGAUGGGAAUGUGAAUAAUUGGACCAUCAGCUUCAAUGUGGAGGCGCUACAGCUGGCGAAUCGGACACAGGCUACUUUCACCGUUCAGUUGGCGGCGGCUAAGACUGCUGCUGGAAACACGGAUGUCUACAACGCCUCAGAGCCGUAUGCGAAUCUGCCGUACACGGUGAACGUCAACGGCCAGGAUCUCGAACCAUGGGUCAUCCCUUAUUACCACAGCAGCUCCUGUGCCGUUCGAUCAGAAGUCGUCUGCUACAACAUCGCCAACAAAUUCACCUUCGACGCUAAACUGCUCAGGUCUGGAGACAACGAUAUCGUGCUUAGCCUCCCUUACAAGGCGACCGACUACGAGAGCGCUGUGCUGCCGCAGUCGGUUUAUGUACAGUACGAUGCGUUGAGGCUCGAGGUUAAAUAA